UGGGGUGGAGGACACUGAGGCAGAGAGCGGUGGCGGCGCUUCCAGCGGGCUCGGUGGAGCAGUGAACGACGAGCCCCCUCUCCGCUCGGAGAGGUUGUCCCCCGGGACCAUGCUGAACGUGCUGCUGCUGUGCUGUGGGCUGCUGCAGGGGAUCCAGGCUGUCCUGGACCUCAGGACCACCGACCUCAGCUGUGGGCACCUGCAGAAGGCGAGCACCGGGCUGGAGGGCGCGGACAGAGCCCGCCACGCCAGCCUGCAGCGGAGAGCCAAGGAGGCGCCUGCAGAGCUGGCGGGACCUCUCCCCAGGCUGGGGUUUGAGCAGAUGGCCCUGGAGGUCCAAGAAGCUGAUGGUGACCUCGUGAGGAGAGGUGGUGUGCUGGAACCACAGGCAUCCUCCACAGAGCUGCAGGCUGCGGGCCGCGAGGAGCGCUCCCCACGCCGCUGCGUCCGUCUGCUGGAGUCCUGCCUGGGCCAGCAGGUCCCCUGCUGCGACCCCUGUGCCACCUGCUACUGCCGCUUCUUCAACGCCUUCUGCUACUGCAGGAAAAUCAGCACCAAUUUCCCGUGUGGCAAGAACUAGCGCCCGCCCUGCGGGGCUGCUCCCUGCCCACGCGUGUGCCUCCUCCUCUGCAGCUCCAAUAAACCAGCCCUUUGCAAAAGCCACUGCUGAGUGGGAAUGGUGUGCUGUGUCUGCUGGGGAUCUCAGGGGAGAGGGGCAGCAGCAAGGGGAGGGUGCCUGCACACGGCUGGGCACCGUGUCCACACAGCCAGGAGUCCAGGGCACCUCCACGUCAAACAAAAUGGGCCUUUCCUGGCUGGGUAAGUGGUGUCUCAGCAGCAGGGGUGCUCCAGGUGAUGUCUUGGCCACGCUGCUGUCACCCACAAAAUUGAGGUUUUUUCCCCGGUGUGCAACGAGCCGGUCCUGACACACUGGAGAGAGAGACGCUGGUUAUUGAUUUCAGAGCUGCCGAGCCCGGGUGCUCGGGGCUAUUCCACAAAUCCAGCACGUCCCGCUGGACUUGCCGUGUUGUUAUUCACACGCAAAGUUCAGAGGCAGUAAAUUCCCAAGCACAGCCGCUCUGUUAGGUUGAUUGGUAAUUUCCAUACAAAUCACAUAACCCAGGUAACUUCUACUCAUGCUCAGGGGAAAGGUCUUCACCUUGGCAGGGUCUUUUUGACCUGCAGGCGUGAUUUUUAGUAUUAUAAUGAAGAUAGUUCAGGUCUAUGAUACAUGGACCCAGAGUAUUUUGCCAAGCUAGCCAUGUAUCCAUAGACAGACACCAACAUCUUGAUUUACUGCACCCCUAAAGCCUGUCAGCUCCAGGAUGUCCCUAAGUAAGGGGUGCCAGUUCCACUGUCAGCCUGCUCAUUAGGCUUGGAAGCACACAAAGGUUUUACACCAAAGAACACCCUGACUUAAGAUAAUCCUGAUGCGCUCUCCACUUGGCGGCACCUUCGCGUCGAACGCCGCUAUUUAAUUUAUUGCCAGGGCGCUCCCGGGCCGUGCCCGCCGCC